AUGGAGGUUCAAGAAGCUGUUGCAUCUACCUCUGCGACGCUAUUUGCAGAACCAACAACAAGGGCACAAAUACAACGUGAGUAUAGACAGCGGAUUGCUGCAUCCAAAACUCCUGCACAGGCAGCAGCUGCAAGAGAAGCACGUAAUGUAAGAGAUCGAAACAACAGAUUACGCCAAGCUGCUAACUUGGUUAUUGCCGGUGGUUCUCUAGAAGCGACAACUAGAUCCUCAUCUCGUUCAGGGCAAAGGUUAAACACCGUUCAUAUUGAUACUCAACGACAAUUUACCGACCAACAACGUCAAACUUUAGCAACAGAACCAGCAGAAACUACUGUACAACCAAGUACUUCUUCAGAUCAAAUUGAAGUUCAAGCACAAUCUACUUGGAACACUAAAUGGUCAUCAUCAAUCAUAAGAUUCAAAUCUACUUUUUUGGACAACGAUUUUGGCUACGCUUGCUCGGUCUGUGACAGACUUUGGUUUAGAAACGACCUUAAAUCCAUCACUGCAGCACAGCUGAAGGUAAUUUCGGAUUGGUUUGUCAAAGAAAAUCGACAACUGAGCAGCGAAGAAUAUGAACUGGUUUGCAACACUUGCAAAAAGUCACUAAACAAACAAUCGAUGCCACCGCUAGCAAAAGUUAAUGGAUUCUCAUAUCCUGACCCACCACCAGGCCUACCACCGUUAGAUCCCAUCAGUGAACGAUUGAUUUCGCCUCGUCUACCAUUUAUGCAAGUGCGUCGUCUGCGCCAUGAUUUCUCUUAUGGAAUCAUAGGACAAGUGAUAAACGUACCAGUCGACGUUCAAGAAAUGGUAAAAUGUUUGCCGCGACAAUUGGAUGAGGACGAAGUUAUUAAUGUAAACAUUAAAAGAAACCUUGCCCACAAAUCUGUUUACAUUAGCGGAUACAUGUCCAAAAGUACAGUUACUUCGUGGUUAACUGUUCUGCAGAACUCUCCAUUAUAUCGUUUGUAUGAAAUUAAAGUGGACUUGUCGAGACUGAAUCAUGCUUUGCCGGACUUCGAUGACGUAGAGGAUGACCCGUCAAACCGUAUAGAAAAUAUCUCCGCAGAACAGAAUCCUGAAUCUGAAAUUCUCGCUUCAAGACAACAUACCGUGAUGUGGAACGUAGAAGAUUGUCUCAAUAUCGCACCAGGACACCGGGCAACUCCCCUCAACAUUAUUUACGACCGUCAUGCAGAAGAGUUGUCAUUCCCAUCAAUAUACUAUGGAAAUCCACGUCGAUUCCACAUGGGAGUUUCAGUGACACCUUACAUGAUGGCAACCAGUGAAAUACGACGAAGCGACAGACGCGGAGCCACGCCUCAAAAAAUCUUGUACGUAGCAAUGAAAAUUUUGCGGCUACGUAUGGUGGAUGGAAUUUACAGCACGUUUCGCAGCGUUUCAGUCACAGAAAAUGUUACACGUCGUAUGUUAGAACACCCAGAAUUUCUGAAAGAAUAUGUCUUACAAAACCUCGCAUUCAUGAAGACAGUGCCAAACUCCGUCCAAUACUGGGCUUCUCGCAAACGUGACCUCUUUGCCAUGAUUCGUCAACUUGGUAAACCAACCAUCUUUCUCACUAUAAGUGCAAACGAAAUACGAUGGAUGAAGUUGCUUUCUAUACUUCUCAGACUGAGCAAUAAAUAUCCUGGAAAAUCAGCAGGAGAUCUCAACACUUCCGAGCGCUGUACUUUAGUUAGUGACGAUCCUGUGACGUGCUGCAUUUACUUCUACAAGCUCGUCGGUUCCUUGAUGAAAAUGCUGGAAUCCAAACAGUCCUAUAAUCCAUUCGGAGAGUAUUUUGUUAGAGAUUACUUCAUUCGUUUUGAGUUCCAGCAUCGAGGAAGCCCCCACGCACACAUUUUAUUUUGGUUAAACAACGACCCACAUGAAACCCCGUCAGAAUAUAUGCCAAAAACCAUUGAGCUCGUAGAUAAAUUGAGUACGGUAGCCCGGAAUGAUGUACCUAACAAUUCCAUCUACGCAAACCAGAUACACAGACAUACUUUCACAUGCACGAAGCGAGGUGAGACAAUUUGUAGAUUCGGAAUUCCGUACUGGCCAAUGUCUACGACUUGUGUAUUAGUUCCAAUGCCUCAAUCUGAUAAACGCCGUCGAACACUACAACAGAAGGCGAAAGAGCUGCGUACUUCACUCGAUGAACGUCGGUACGCGGGCAUGGAUUACUUUCUUGGAGCUAAUGGUUUGACACACGAUUCAUACCUUGACAUUGUGCGCUCAACGUUACGCAGACCAACUCUUCUGUUCAGACGAAACUUAGACGAACUUAUGACAAACACGUUCAAUCCGUACAUCGCUGGUGAAGUCAACUCAAACAUCGACAUUCAAUUUAUCUUGGAUGAAUACAGCUGCGCAGAGUAUGUUGUGGAGUACGUAAAUAAAUCAGCUCGUGGAAUGGGCAAUCUACGUCGUGAGCUUACUACGAUGAUGCAAGAGCAUCCCGAACGGGACUAUACAGACCAGUUGAAAGCUUUAAGCAUCAAGCUGCUUAACGCUGUCGAGAUGUCAGCGCAAGAAGCAGCAUGGUAUCUCCUACGUCAACCAAUGAGCGAGACAAGUCGUCAAGUUGCGUACAUUCCAACAGUAUGGCCGACGGAAAGACAACGUUGCCGCAAACGUCGUCAACAAAUGGACCGCGAAGGGCUUGACGAAAACAGUACUGAUGUCUGGACCAAAAACAUAAUUCAGCGCUAUGAAGAGCGUCCUGCAUCUUUAGAACAAGUGUAUUUAGCUGAGUUUGCAUCGUGGUAUGCUAAAGCUAAUGAUUUCGUUGACGAGGAGGACGACGUGCACGUGGAUGGCGAAGAAGAUCUAGAAAAUGAACCCGUAGCAAGAAUGUCAAGAGCACGAAAUCAAUACCGCAAACGACUAAUCGGACGCGUUAUACGGUACAGACAUUACGACAUGGACGAAACUGUCAAUUAUAAACGAGAAAUGGUUCUAUUAUACGUACAAUUCCGCAACGAAAUGUUAGAAAUUGUUGAUCAAAAUAAAUUUCUCCAAUUAUUUGACGACAACAAAGACGCGAUCAUGGAACGCCGUAGUCAAUUCGAGUCUAAUUUGAACAUUGAAAACGUCAUGAGAGAACUUGAAGCGAUGAUGAUUUUGCAAAACGAAGACAACAGUAAUUUACGGGAAGAAGAAUCCAGAACAGCCUUUGUUCAACAGUUGUUAGGAGAGGAUGGUGCCGAAAACGUCGAUGAUGUUCACCAAAUCGUCUCACGACAAGGAUUCUCGAUUGUAAAGAAACGCAGCAAUGUAAUGUCAAAGCAACAGUAUUGUGAACUUGUACGAACAACUAAUCCGGAACAACGACAGAUCAUUCUUGAGGUUAUACAUCGAUUGCAUGGUUGUGGAGAUUACACUUCUGAAGCAGUUCAAAUUUUCUUCACGGGUCCUGCAGGCUGUGGAAAAACUUACACGUUAAAGUGCCUCAUGGAGACAUACAACCGCUACACUCAGGAGCACAACUCAAUGAACAACGCCUACAUUGCCUGUGCAAGCACAGGUAAAGCCGCUGUACCUCUUGGUGGCACUACAGUCCAUUCAGCGUUUCGUCUCACAACUUCUCGCGUGACGAAACUCUUAUCCACAGAAAAUUUGCAAGCUUACAGAAACAUGUUCGUAGGCGUCAAAGCUGUUUUCAUCGACGAGAUCAGCAUGUUAAGUUCAGCUAUUCUUCAACAAGUUAACUACCGAUUGCAGCAGAUUACUGGCAUAUACGACAAACCUUUCGGAGACAUUCACGUUAUAUUAUGUGGAGAUUUCAGACAGCUUCCACCUGUACGAGCAACUCCAUGUUAUACUAUGCCGAUCAAUCAAUUAGGAGGUCCGAUUCUUUGGCACAGCAUUGAUUACUUCCCACUGGUUCGUGUUGUGCGACAAACCGAUGAGCGGUUUUCAACGAUUCUAACAAAAAUCGGCGAUGGACUUCAACUAAGCAACGAUAAUAUCUCCCUUAUUGAGUCCAGACAUAGAACUCAGGCUUGGUGCAAGGAAAGCGUGCCUGAUGCUGUCAGGCUGUAUUAUAGUAACAAUGAAGUGGAUUCGUACAACCGAAGCGCAAUUCUAAAUGCAUACAACUGUCUCGCACAUGAUAUUAAAAAUAAAAUAUGUUUAUUAUGGAACAUGAGAUACAUGUAUCACUUAUUCCACGUCAUUAAAUUUGAAGGCAUCCCUACUCAUCGGCAAAGAAGACAGAGGGUGUAG